AUGAAAACAGUUGUUUAUAUUCACAAUAUCUCGCCCACGAGAUUCAGGGAGUUGACGCCGUACGAAAUUCGCACUGGAAAGAAGCCGAAUGUGCAGAGCUUGCGUAUAAUCGGCUGUGAUUGUGCUGUAACGAUCCCAAGCGAGAUUCGCUCACAGGAGAAGAUUACGAAAAUUGACACUCGCGCGUAUGAUGAUAAACUUCUCGGGUACACCUCCCACGGAAAGCAAUACGUCAUCUGGAUACCCUCAAAGCAAAACAUGGGACCUUCCGGUACACUGUCAGGGGUGGCCGCAGAGCAUCUUCGUGAAGGCCACUCCUUCACCAGCCAAUAUCGCGGUGAUAACGAUGACAUGAUAGAACCCUCUUCAUACCACGAAGCUAUCACUUCCCCGUACAAAGAGAAGUGGUGGGAUGCCAUGAAGUCAGAAGUUGACGAUCUUAUCGAGCGCAAAUCAUGGACCCUUGUUGAGCUCCCCGAAGGCCGUACGGCGCUUCGCGGGCGUUGGGUCUAUAAGCUCAAGAUAGGCGUCGAUAAUCGUAUUACGCGAUUCAAAGCAAGGUGGGUUGCCAGAGGCUUCACCCAGCAAUUCGGAGUUGAUUUCUGGGAUACGUUCUCGCCUACGGCGCGCCCAGCUACGGUCCGCUUGUUCUUCGCACUAGUGGCCGUGUUUGAUUACGAAUGCCUUCAAGGCGAUAUAAAGCUCGCAUUCUUGCAGGGCGAUUUCUUUGAUGACGUAGUAAUCUACGUGGAGCAGCCCAAGGGAUUCGAGGACGGCACCGGGAGGGUUUGCCAAUUCCUUCAGCCUCUCUACGGAUUGAAGCAAUCCGCGCGAGCGUGGUUUCUCACGUUUCGUAUGAGAAUGGAGGCGUUGGGCUUCCGCCCUACCUCAAUCGACGAAUGUUUCUUUAUUGACGGAAAGGGAACCUUCGUGAUCCUCCACGUGGAUGAUACACUCCUCGGCGGGCCCCAUGACGCCGUCGAGGGGGUGCGAGCGGCAAUUGACGGCGCAUUCGACGGCGCGCAAUUUGAUGAGGCCGCUUAUUACCUCGGAAUGAAGAUAGAAAGAGACCGGCCUGAUCGACGGAUCAAGUUGACGUAG